GAGCUCGGCUUGUGGGUGAAUGUCGUGGAAAACACCCUUCUUGCUGUAGCUCUCUUGGGUUUGGAUUGCAUUGCGACAGAGCUGGAGAAUCCCUUUGGUGAUGAUGCAAACGAUCUAAAUAUGUAUGAUCGGGUCGCGACUCUUGAACAGGAGGUCAUGGUGUUCGUGAAACUUUGCGGGGACGAUGCCUGCUCGCAGAACUUCACUUGGCAGGCCUUCCCCACUGAGAUUCAUGAAGGGAUGCCACCGGUGACAAAGUUCUUAGCACUGCGAUCACAGGUGGAGAGCAGGGGAAAGAACUCCGACGUCGUCUGGGGUGGCGCCUGCUCCAGGGCACACAUUUACGAGGGAAUGCGCGACCUGGCCGAGGAGGAUGAGGAAGUCGAUGCCAACUUUUCGGAUGACUCCUAG